AUCUUCAUCAACAAACGAAAAAUGAAAUCCAUAAUUUCAAUAGCGUUUCUUCUACAAGCAAUUAUCAACGCAGUAAAUCUCACCACAGCUCAAUUCCCUGAAGAGCCUGUCUUCAGAUGCAGAAACACAGGCAACUACACACCAAGUUCUGAUUAUAGCAGAAACCUCAAAGCCGCAUUGGAUGCCGUCGGCAAGGUGAAAAAAUAUAGUGGCGGAUCUUUCAGUUCAUCCAAUGGCGUGAAGGAAGCAGCCUAUGCUGUCGCCCUUUGCUCUGGUGUUGCUAUCAAAUGGGGUGGAAACUGUAAUGACUGUAUAACGAGGUUGACUACUUCACUUCAAGCCAAAUGCCCAAAUCAAAAGGAAGGUGUGAUGUUGGGUUCAGAUUGUAUGAUACGUUACUCAGAUCGAAAAAUAAUUGGAGUCAAAGAUGAUUGGGUUUGGAUCCUUUCACCAGGUUUAGGAACUAUUUUCAAUAAGAUUCAGUUUGACAAAGGUGUGAUUGAUUUGAUGACGAGGUUACAGGGGGAAGCAGCCGGAGGUACCAAUAAAAAAGAUGCAUUUGGGACGACAACUUUUCCGCCUAAUAAUUCAACUAUAUAUGGGGCUAUGCAGUGUACUUCUGAUUUAUCCAAGGAGCUAUGCACUAAAUGUUUACAAAGUAUAAUUAUGUCGUAUCAUCCUUGUUGUGGCGGAAUAAUGGCUGGAAGAAUGUAUUCACCCAAUUGUUAUUUUACUUUCUCCAUGGAAGAAUAUAAAAAAUGGAAGUAUUCGUCCCAAUGGAAGUCAUUGCCACCCAAAACUUUAUAAAGUUUAAUGGAUUGUCACAUUAUCUUUGAGUAAACCCUAAUUUAAUUGCUAGACUAGCAAUUUGGUGACUUUCUUUCGUCAUAUAUGACUUUAGCAAAGACUAUAUAUGUUUAAUAUUGGUCGAUCAUCAAAAAAAUUGAAUCAACAAUGUAAUAAAAAGUUAAAUCCAAACCAACAAGAAAAGCAUAAACAUUUUCAUUCA